AUGAACUCGCUCAACAUGAUCACCUCGCGCGUGUCGCCGGCAUCCAGCGCCUCCCCGUCCCGAUCCAACAGCCUCAGCUCCAUUGGACUUGAACUUCCUGGAAUCGACGAGAAGCUCCAAGAUACCGAGGAUGGGGAUCGUACCGAGGGCAAGGACCCCGAGCCCUUUCCCGAUACCUACGAAGGAGUCCAAAACGAAAAGUCUGGCCAAACAGAGCAGACGCCGCUCUUGUCGGAAGGCAAGGAAUCAUCCGAGGCGUGGCACACGUCGCGUGGCCAAUGGUUUCCUCGGCGCAUGGUAUCGAGCGUCAUCAACUCUAUCCGCUGGUUUCUUUCCACCCUCGCAUCUCCCGGUGUCUAUCUGAUUGCCUGCUUUUACGACGACGAGGGUAUAUUUGCUCCCAUGACACAACUUAAGAAGCUGUUCGGGGUCUAUCCCAACUCGCGACGGAAAGCAGCCUAUGGCAGUAGCCAGGCUGAUGGCGCUGCCGACUCGUCCGACUCGUACUCUUCCUCUUCUCGCCAUAACAACAAGAAGCUGGCACCUCCCGCCAACAUACGACCAGGCACCUCCUCUUCCAUGUCCUCCGAAUCCGAUUCUGAUCAUUCUCAAACCCCGUCCUCCAGCAGCCGCCACAACCGAUCCAAGUCGUUGCAGCCCUCCGAGGAAGGCGGGCCGUCGCGCCGGUCGAUACGAAUCAAGCUCAACAACGACGACGACACACGCCAACGCAAGCAGCACCGUAAGACGCAGUCUGCAGCACCGCGCACCAAACCCAGCGAGUAUGGCCAAGAGCUGUCUGCCCAACUCAAGUCUCCUACGUCUCCCCACGCCGCCUUGACCAGAUACCCCAAGGCGCCCGCGCCGCCACGACCGCUGAUCCCCCGCCGACAACCCUCGUACAUCAACUUUGAGCCCUCCCGCAAGCAGCAAAAGACGCUGAUCCUGGAUCUGGAUGAGACGUUGAUCCAUAGCAUGUCCAAGGGUGGCCGUCUCAACAGCGGCCACAUGGUCGAGGUGCGCCUUAACACGGCCUCUCUGGGACUUGGCGGCGGCGGCAACGCGGGUAUGGCGCAGCACCCGAUUCUGUACUGGGUCAACAAGCGGCCGUACUGCGACGACUUUCUGCGACGGGUGUGCAAGUGGUACAACCUGGUGGUGUUUACGGCGUCGGUGCAAGAGUACGCAGACCCGGUGAUUGACUGGCUCGAGUCGGAACGCAAGUAUUUCUCCGCACGCUACUACCGGCAACACUGCACAUAUCGACAAGGGGCAUACAUCAAGGACCUGAGCUCGGUAGAGCCUGACCUGAGCAAGGUCAUGAUUCUGGAUAAUAGCCCGCUGAGCUAUCUGUUUCACGAGGACAAUGCCAUUCCGAUCCAGGGCUGGAUCAAUGAUCCGACAGAUAACGAUUUGAUGCACCUAGUGCCGAUGCUGGAGGGCAUGCAGUACGUGCACGACGUACGAGCGCUGCUGGCCCUCCGCGGAGGCGAAGACAGCCAGUCGAUGGGCUAG